AUGAAGGCCGCCCCUCAGCUAGCUUCCCCAGCUCUAUUCUACGAUCCCCCUCCGCCCCGCAUAGCAGAGACUCGAAUCAAGACAUUUUUCGAUGCCUCUCAGCUCGAUGUUGUUAUUACGCUGGUCAAGCCAAAGCGGAAACGAGGGUUCUAUCGUCUGGAGUUUGCAGACAUUCACACAGCCGAGAAAGCUCUUGCCACUGUUCACCUCCAAAUCAUUCCCGACACCGACCCGCCAAUUCUGCUCGAAUUGAGCGCGAACCCUCCACGGUCAAAGACUCCGGCGCAAGAGAUGCCUCAAGCACUUCCUCGCUCGCUUAGAGGGUGGAAGAAUGGGCUUUCCGCUCAGGAACUUUUUGACGCGUUUCGCCACUAUGGUCCUAUCCAGAGCAUCCACUGUGACUCGAUUACUGGUGCCCUUGUUCAAUUUUGGCUUGAAGACCACGCGAAAGCAGCAGAAUUAGGGUUCAACACCGCUAAUUCAUCGACUAAGAUGGUCUUAGAGGCAUACGACCCCUGCUUAGUGUUCUGCUCGAACAUACCUUUUGACAUUAACGAUACCCCCACUCUUUGCUCUUAUUUUGAAACAUAUGGUCUCAUAACACAAAUAGACCUACUCCGCAAUGCUCGAACCGGCAAGAGUCGCGGACUGGCGCUGAUACAAUUCUCGACCGCAAGUGAGGCUUCCGCCGCGAUUCACGGUAUGCAUGGACGGGAACUACAUUCCAGAAAACUUGCGUUGGCUUACGGGCGCGUGAAAGCGACCAAAGCGAUGGUCGAACCAGCAAAGACACCAACCCCGCCAGCCCAUGCAACCAUCAAUCGCUAUGUCUCUUCGCCCGUUCCAGACAGCGAGAAAACGUUGGUUGUUUCUGUCGACCCAGUCGCAAAUACCAAUCGAUGCGUUGAAUUCGAAGAUGUUCGCCUGCUCUCCGAGGCCAUAUACGAUAAGAUCAAGCAACAAGUUGAAGACGACCGCUUGCGGAGGGAACAUAAUGACUUUGAGCGCGCCACUCUCCAGUCACGAUAUGACGAAGAAGUUUCACUUCGAAUUGCUGCGCAAGCUGGACUGAAACAACUGGCUGAAAACGAGUAUCUACGACAGACUGAAUCCGCCAAAAUCCAGGCGCGCCUUGAGGAGGAGAGAAGGGGCCGGGAGAAAUGUGAGGCAGAGAACGAACACUUGCAAUCAUGUUUGGAGAGAGAAAGGACUCAAUACGAGAACGAGCUGACAACUCUUCGGGCCCGUUUGGUCACCGAAUCCAAGCUGCGGCUAACGGCAGCCGCGCAAACUGCACAACUCCGGGAAGAACUGGAAGAGACAAUCUCUCAACUCGAGGACGAAGUCAUACUCCGGGCAGAGUUACAAAUGCAGUAUGAUCGGGAAGAAGAACGCCGAAGGGAGGUUUCUUCUGAACUGGAACGAGUUCGUGUGGAAUUGGAGCGUGUCCAGAGAGCACUCGUGUUGACGGAGUCGCAAAUCAAGAUGGCUCAGCUGGAACGAGACAAGCCGAUUUGGGAAAAGGCGAAGCUGAAACGGGAAGCGGCCGAGGCAUCCCAACGUCGUGCUGAUGAUGCUGCAAAGCGCAGAAAUCUGGAGAAGAUUAUUGCUGAUGAGAAAGCGAAAAGAGAGGCAGAGCGUCAGGAGCGUAUAAAGAAAGAACAGGAGGAACGAGAUCGUCGAGAAAGGGAAGAAAAGGCGCGGCUGGAACGAGAACGGCAAGAACAGGAGCGUAAAUUGCGAGAAGAACACGAACGCAGGCAGCGGUGGCAAGCAGCAACUGCACGGGAAGGAAAACGUUGCAGGAAGCGUGACCAGGCUAUGCGGGGAGCAGCUAGAUGGACGAACUCCGACGCCAUUUCGCGUGUCAAGAUCAUAAUGGUCGAGUUUGAGAAACUCAAAUUCUCGGAAACCCAACCGUUGACCCUUGCCGCCAUCCCAUGGCCUAUCCUUAUUGACCCUCUGCAACUCGAACUCGACGCUAUCACAUGGGAGUCAGUCGAGAAAUUUUUCGCGGCGGUCAAGCUUUUCUCUUAUGAUGACCCUACGGAGUACAAAACAUUGGUUGAGAAACUCCAUCGAAUGUUUCAUCCGGACAAGUGGCGUUCGAGAGGAAUCCUUUCCUCUGUUUUUAACGAGACACUUCGAGCGGGCAUUGAUGCGGCAGGGAACUCCGUUGCGCAAGCACUGACACCAUUGUGGAGGGAGAGCAAAGGAUACGUAUGA